AUGGCGUCAAUACAGCGAAGACUGCUUCUGCAGUCACGGGCAUGCCCUUCACGGAUACGAACUCGAGCAGCACCAAAGCACACAUCCGCACAAUGGCAACGGCCGCUCUCCACAACGCCUGUCUCGUACGCAAAUGAGCCUACGAAAGAGGGCUCUGCAACCGCUGCAGAUGCGAAACCACCAACCGAGACCUUGGACGAAUUGGCCCCAGAGUUGCCCAAAUCAGCCUUCUCCAACACCACAAAGUCGAAAGCAUUCCGGGAGAUGAGUACACCUGAGCGAGAAACCGCCAUGCUGGAAAACCUUCGCACAUCGCUCGCCGAAAUCGACCCCAACGUUGUCGCCGAUGCGCUCCGCAAGGGAAAACGCGGACUACCUCAAACCCGUGACUUUGGUCUAGAAGCGGACGAAGAUUUCGAGAUUGAGGAAGACGACAAGAGGAAGACGCUCGCGGGAUUCUGGGCCGAGGGAGAAGAGAGUAUGGGGCCUGAUGAGGAUUACUAUGGAGAUGACUUGACGAGUCACGGUCACGGAGAGUUGCAGCAACAUAGAGAGUUGAGGGAGUAUGCCAGGUUGAUUGCGUGGGAGUUGCCACUAUUGAGUCACCUCGCCCGUCCAUUCGAACCUCCAACAGCAGCCACGCCCUUCCGUUUCCGCUACACAUCUUACCUUGGCGAAUCGCACCCCGCAUCCAACAAAGUCGUCGUCGAAUUCUCGCCCGACGACCUCUCAAACACACACUCCUUGACCCCCACCCAAGUCUCCAAGCUGAUCAAGCUAGCCGGACCUCGGUACAACCCCUCAACCUCCAUCAUCAAGCUCUCGUGCGAGAAGUUCGAUACCCAGUCCCAGAACAAGAGGUUCCUAGGCGACACCAUCUCGAGUCUCAUCAAGGAGUGCAAAGAAGGGAAAGAUAGCUUUGAAGACGUGCCAUUUGACUUCCGCCACCACACACCUAAGAAGAGGGCCGAGUUCCCCAAGGAAUGGGUGCUGACGAAAGAAAGGAAACAGUAUCUCGAGGAGAAGAGGCAGAAGACCGCCUACCUUGAGGAUCAGCGCGCGGGCAACGGUUUGCUAGUGGAUGGAAAGAAGGUGCUUGAGACGAGUUUGCCGUUUAUGAGUGAGAGCCAGCCGGCCCCUGAGACGGUCAUGGUUGGGGGUGCGAGGGGAAAGCCAUUGCGGUAG